AUGAGGCUUUAUCGGUGUUUUUCAACAUUUGCUUGGGUACUUUCGUGGAGUGUUACAACUGCAAAAACGUAUCAAAAUGAAGAGCUCGUGCUUGAUAGUACCGUAACUGGUGAUACGUCUUUCACAGAAGCUGAGCAAUUGGUAUUAGAUAAUGCUAAAAUAACCUUGAAAAAUUAUUCAGCAAUACAUUUGACUUCUGGUGUCAUAUUGAGAGGAAACUCUUUACUAAAUAUAGAAACAACUUCAGGGAACAACGUUAAAUAUAGCUUAACAAUCAAUGGUGAGGUGAAGCUAGAUCAAGGGUCUCAGUUUAUUUUUGAUGGCAGUUCAUUGAAGUACUCUGAUUCUAAGCAAGCAUAUGAGCUGUUCAAUUUUGAUAUAAAUUCUGAUGAAAAUGGACUAUUUAUUUCCAAGGAUAGUAGCAUGAAGAUUACUGUUCCAAAACUUGAUAGCAUUGUUGAUGGUAGCAUUGAUAUUGGCUCAAUCCAUAUCGGUGGUACUUAUAAGGCUCCUUAUAAUUCACCCAUUGUUAUCUUAGGAAAAUUAGAAAUGUUGUCUCCAGAACAAACUGUAGAUAACAAAUACCCAUUAAAAUAUUGGAGACUAGAUCUAGGUACAGACAGAAUUGAUGAAGCCGGUAUUUACAAAAGAAAAAAUGAUUUAUCGGGAAUUAUUAGUUGUGAAGGUGUCAUUGGCAUUUAUGCUGACAUUUUCAGUGAAACUACAGACCCAAAAAUUUACACAUUAGGAUAUAUUGGUUAUUCGAUUGUUUCUCCACUUACAAUUGACUUAGCAAAAGGACCUAUGAUAGGGCCAUCUGGGUUUUUAUUUCUAAAUGUUUUUCCAAAAGGUCAGGAUGGUAUAAAGUUCGUCAAUGCUGAUUUAUAUUCUCCAAAUAUCAAUGAUGUUGAUACCACCAAUAUGCUAUUUUCUACCUUUUAUGACUCUUCUUACCAACACGUUGACAUAAUUUCGGAACAAAAUGCCAUUACAAUUAGAAGUGGUUUAGAUGCGAUAGCUACCUAUUACAGCGAUCGGCAUUAUAGUAUUAUUAACCACUGUAGCGAAAGUUCCAAUUCAAUCAGGGGCCGUUACCCAUCGAUCUUAUUAAGUGGUCGUACAUGUUCAGUCUUCUUGACAAAACAGCAGAAAAAUUCCGAGUCUAAUGGAUUGGGAUCUGAUUCGAAUUCAAGUAUCCCAGAACAAAAAGAUGAAACUGGUUCCAUACCUAGUGGUCCUGACAUGGAUGGCGGACCCGGUCCUCAUCCUGGUGGCUCAGACACUGCAGGUGGUCCCGGUCCUAACCCCAAUGGUUCAGACACUGCAGGUGGUCCCGGUCCUAACCCCAAUGGUUCAGACACUGCAGGUGGUCCCGGUCCUAACCCCAAUGGUUCAGACACUGAAGGUGGUUCCGGAUCUGGUGGUUCUGGUUCUGAAGGUGGCUCUGGUGAGGGUGGUUCUGGCUCUGGUGAAGGCGGUUCUGGUGGUUCCAACCCAGUUGAUGAUGGUAAGGAUAAGACUACAGUUGUCACUGACAAGGAUGGCCAUGUGCACACCGACAUCAUUUCCCACAUCACUACUACCGACAAAGAUGGUAAGCCAACUGUCAUAUUGACUCAAUACCAGUCUCCAACAGCUGUACAAAAUGGUAUUAGUAAGACCAUUACCGUUGAUGGAGAAGAGAUAAUUGAAGCUGUGCAUAUUACUACUUAUACCGACAGCGAUGGCCAUACCAUUACAAGUACUUACACUGAAAUGUUCAAGACUUUAAUUGAUGCUGAACCUCAAUAUGUGGGCGAAACUACUCAAACCAUCACAACCACUGAUACUGAAGGUCACACAACUACUAUUACAACCACUUAUAACAUAGAUAACAAUGUAAAUACCGUACCAAUCGUACAUUCUUCAUCCAACAUGUCCUCAUCAUCUAGCAUUAUUUCCAGUUCAAUCUCUUCCGCUGUUUCUACACCAUCCGGCCAAGAUUAUAUAAUUACUACCACAGGUUCAGAUGGCAAAAUUGAAACUGAUAUUGUAUCACACAUCACUACAACUGUUAAUGGUAAGCCAACUACUAUUACAACUACUGUUCCAUGUGAUGUUAGUGCAGACAAAGACAGAACAACUACUGUCACCCACAGUAACGGUGUUAUUGAAACCAAUGUAGUAUCACACAUCACUACAACCGUUAAUGGUAAGCCAACUACUAUUACAACUACUGUUCCAUGUGAUGUUAGUGCAGACAAAGACAGAACAACUACUGUCACCCACAGUAACGGUGUUAUUGAAACCAAUGUAGUAUCACACAUCACUACAACCGUUAAUGGUAAGCCAACUACUAUUACAACUACUGUUCCAUGUGAUGUUAGUGCAGACAAAGACAGAACAACUACUGUCACCCACAGUAACGGUGUUAUUGAAACCAAUGUAGUAUCACACAUCACUACAACCGUUAAUGGUAAGCCAACUACUAUUACAACUACUGUUCCAUGUGAUGUUAGUGCAGACAAAGACAGAACAACUACUGUCACCCACAGUAACGGUGUUAUUGAAACCAAUGUAGUAUCACACAUCACUACAACCGUUAAUGGUAAGCCAACUACUAUUACAACUACUGUUCCAUGUGAUGUUAGUGCAGACAAAGACAGAACAACUACUGUCACCCACAGUAACGGUGUUAUUGAAACCAAUGUAGUAUCACACAUCACUACAACCGUUAAUGGUAAGCCAACUACUAUCACAACAACUACCACCAAGUUGAACAACGCUCAUACAACAACUUUAACUAACAAGGAUGGCAGUGUUGACACCAAGAUAGUGGUUGGCGUUACUACAACUAAUCAAUUCGGCCAACCAGUAAUUACCUCAAUAACUUAUACUCCAAAGGCUGACUCCCACUCUAACAAUAACGUCGGAACUGUUGCUGGAACAAAGGGUGCUGCGGGAAACAAUCCUUCAGGAACUAACAAGCCACAAACCAAUCCAACAGCUAAUGCUGGCUCCAACGGUUCUUCCCCAGCGGCCAAUGCUGGAUCAGCUGUUGUACCAAAGGCUCCUGCAAGUAACUCGGCUGCUGUUCAGCAACAAUCCAGUGCAAGCGGCACAACUCCUGGUGCUUCCGCUGCCCCAACAAUACAACAAAUAAACAAGAAUGCUGCAUCAACCCUGAAGCAAACAAAGUUCUGUGUCACUAUAGUUUUGACAAUUUUAAUGAAUUAUUUCUUGAACUAG